UUUAUCUUAUUAAUUUUCGUCAAUUUAAGAUUGACUUAAAAAAUAAAAAUGUGAAGUGAAGCUGAAACUACUUGUUCAAUUUCUCAGAAAGUACCUGUAUCAUACAAGUGCUAAUAUAAAUUAAGUAGUUCAUGUUAGUAAAGAAGGUUGAGAAAGCAUUGAGUCACAAAUGUCUGUGCCUAAGUAUCCUGGGUUGUCAGAAGAAGUUGAGGAGAGUUAUGAGACUGCAGACACAAUGGACCCCAAGCUAUACAGGGCGACAACAGGCGGUGACAUACUUGAAUUCGUGAGGGCAAUGGAACAUGUGACGGUCGAUAGGCAUCACGAUCCACCAGCUACCUGUGUCCAACUCGGGCCUCAAAAGACGACAGUUCUGCAUAUAGCAACGAGCUUUGGGCAUCACGAAAUUGUUAAACUUAUUUGCAAGGAUUUAACUUUCUUGGUUGCUGACAAGAAUGCGAGAGGGGAUACCGCACUCCAUAUUGCAGCCAGAGCUGGAGAUUUACUGAUGGUGCAGAUAUUAAUUCAUUCAGAAUACAAAGAAGGUGGCUUAGGAGAAAAGAAUGAAAAAGGCAAUACGGCUCUACAUGAAGCUUUGAUAUUUAGCCAUGAGGAAGUGGCUCGAAUUUUAAUCGAGAAGAACCUAAAUAUGGAGUAUUCGCAUAACAAGGCAGGCAAAUCUCUGCUGUAUCUGGCUGCGGAAGCGGGAUUUGUCACCAUUGCCAAGCUCCUAUUAGAAAAUCCUGUGGGGAAUUACAAUGUUGGUGGAAAAACCGAAAACAAGUCACCAGUUUUUGCUGCAAUCCUUGGUAGAAACAUCGAUGUUCUAAACUUACUGUGGGAAAGGUACCAAUCCUCCUUCCAGUCAAGAAGUGGGAAUGGAAAGAAUCCUCUUCAUGUCGCUGUAUGCACCGAAUAUAAGGAUGGAGUAAACUUCUUAUUGAGCAAACAUCAUUACUUGGCUUACCAGAAAGACAAACGAGGAUUCUUCCCCAUUCAUUCGGCAUCCCAGAAAGGCUUCAUCGACAUAAUCAAAUUGAUUCUUCAAAAUCGCCCAGAUACACGAGAACUACUGGCUACGCGUGGACAAAACAUACUUCAUAUUGCGGCCAGAAGUGGAAACUACAAAAUUGUGGACUUUAUGCUCAAAAUGCCAGAGCUGGAGAAGCUUAUUAACGAAAAAGAUGCAGACGGAAAUACACCUUUGCAUUUGGCAACGAUUUGUGGGUAUCCCAAGUUGGUACACACUCUAAUAAGGGAUGAAAGAGUGAUUAUUGAGCUGGUAAACAAUAACUAUCAGACAGUGCUUGACAUUGCUGCAGAACAUAUUGAACCAGAAAUGGCAUCGUUUCAGAAGCAGCUAACAUGGAUGGCCCUAAGAGUUAUUCGUGCCCCACAAGCACGUCAAACAAAGAAUUUCAGUGGUAUAAGUUUCAGGGUAGGGAACCAGACAGAAAAGGAACGUUGGAACGAUAAGAUCAAUGUAAUUCUGCUGAUGGCAACCGUUGUUGCAACAGUGACAUUUACUGCUGGAUUCACCAUUCCCGGUGGCUAUAACAAUACAAAUCCAGAACAAGGCAUCGCGACCAUGUUGGAAAAAGUGAAGUUUCAGGAAUUUGUGAUUUGUGACAUAUUGGCAAUGUACAGCUCCAUCAUUGUUGCUGUUAUCCUCUUAUGGACACAGCUGGGAGAUACUAAUUCCAAGCAUGUUGCCUUAAAAUUGGCUGUUCCACUACUCGGAAUAGCCCUUGCCAUGAUGUCUAUAGCAUUCAUGGCAGGAGUGUACCUUGUAGUGAGCAAACUCAGUUGGCUUGCUAACGUUGUGUUGUUCAUGGGCACUAUCUAUGUCAUUGCACUCGCAGUGCUCCUUAUUCCUCUCUGUUUCAUAGGAUUAUCAAACUGCCGCGUCUACUAUUUCAUCUAUUAUUAUCCAUUGGUCCUGGUGUUAUACAUAGUUGGAACCUAAGCACAGCCGCGCUGAAGUCUGGGAUUGUCUCUAAAGGAUAAGUAUCUUAUCAAGUUGUAAAAGUAAGGUAUUGAAAAUAAGUCAGUGCUUCAUUGGGGUUGGAGAUCAAUUAUCUGUUGGUCUCUCGAGUUUCUAGCACUGGAAAGAUUGCAGCUGUUGUACUAUACAGGGCUUGAAGAGUUAAAGAGUACUACUCUUUAGUUUACUAUGAAAAAGCUUUAAAACCGUGCUUAUAUUAUGUUAUCCAAAAAUAAAGAAUGAAACACAUUGUUAAAAACAUCUAUCACAGAUUUGUGUAUCACUUUGAUUUCCCA